AUGAUGUCACCUGAGCAGACAGCGGUCCCCUUCCCCCUCGCCCACCGGCUGACCAUGAAGGAAGUGUUUGACUCAGAUGGCCAGCCGCGUGUGGACCUGCUCAAAGCUCAUCUCACAAAAGAGGGUCGGCUCGAGGAGGCCGUGGCCCUGCGCAUCAUCGAUGAGGGCGCCGCCAUACUGCGCCAGGAGCGCACCAUGUUGGAUAUUGAAGCGCCAGUCACGGUGUGCGGAGACAUCCACGGCCAGUUCUUUGACCUGAUGAAGUUAUUCGAAGUGGGAGGUUCUCCUGCCAACACACGUUAUCUCUUCCUAGGGGACUAUGUAGACAGGGGCUACUUCAGUAUUGAGUGCGUGCUGUACCUUUGGUCACUGAAAAUCCUCUACCCAAAGACCCUCUUUCUGCUACGGGGAAACCAUGAAUGUAGACAUCUGACAGAAUAUUUUACCUUCAAACAAGAAUGUAAGAUCAAGUACUCAGAACAAGUGUAUGACUCCUGCAUGGAGGCAUUCGACUGCCUGCCGCUGGCAGCGCUGAUGAACCAGCAGUUCCUGUGUGUCCAUGGGGGGCUUUCACCAGAAAUCCACACGCUGGAUGACAUCAAGAAGUUGGACCGGUUUAAAGAGCCCCCGGCGUUCGGGCCCAUGUGCGACCUGUUGUGGUCCGACCCCCUGGAGGACUUUGGCAAUGAGAAGACCCAGGAGUACUUUGGGCACAACACAGUCAGAGGAUGCUCCUAUUUCUACAGCUAUCCAGCAGUGUGUGAGUUCUUACAGACCAACAACCUGCUGUCAAUCAUCAGAGCGCACGAGGCACAGGAUGCAGGUUCUGAGACAGGAACCAUCUUCAGCAUGACUGAAAUGUUGGUCAACGUCCUGAGUAUCUGCUCCGACGAUGAGCUCAUGAAUGACGGAGAUGAGAUUUACGACGCCAAUGCAGCAGCAGCAAGGAAAGAAGUGAUCAAAAACAAAAUCCGUGCCAUCGGGAAGAUGGCCAAAAUGUUCUCUGUCCUACGAGAGGAGAGUGAGAAUGUCUUGACCCUGAAGGGUCUGACUCCUACAGGCAUGCUGCCCAGUGGAGUGCUAUCUGGGGGCAAACAGACUCUGCAGAGCGCUACCAUUGAGGCCAUAGAAGCUAUCGAGACAGUUAAGGACGCUGAAGCCAUCCGAGGCUUCUCCCCGCAGCAUCGGAUCAGCAGUUUUGAGGAGGCCAAAGGUCUGGACCGCAUCAAUGAAAGGAUGCCGCCGCGGCGCGAUGCUGUCAACAGCGUGGGCCUGUCGAUGGGCCGCAUGAACAUGGGCGAACCCAACGGGACCGACAACAACAGCAAUAUCCAGUGAUCGACAUAAACUCUCCCCACUGCACAGACACACACCUGCAGUUCCAGUGAAACCUUAUUUAUCCAACUGUGUACAAAGGCAAACAUACACAGGAGCAAUUCAUCACACAGAAACAUUCAGUACACACACACACACACACACACACACACACAUCAUGUCCUCUCCCUUCCCUGAUGCCUUCAGCUCAUCUAAAGGCAUGAGCAUAGCCGGACUGUCCCAAAUAAGGCUGCGCCUCUGUACUGAAACUGAGAACUGUACCUCACCUGUACCUGCACAACAACAGGAAAGAACCCACACACCCACACCCACCCUGGCCUGGCAGGGGCCCACCGGUGGGUUGAAAUGCCAUGCCUGUGUUGCUGGUGCGUGCUGUUUGUGGCAGAGUGGACCGAAACAAGAGAAGGCCAGCAGGAAGUGUUUCCAUUCUCUGGUUUGGAGUCACGGCGCGAAGCUGGACUUUGAUUUUGUACAGAUGUGGGGUGCCU